GCUGCGGCAACUGGGCCUACAACUUUCGUCUCAUCGCCAACGAUGGGAAGUGCGCGAAGUGCAACAGUGCCAUCGACUUGUUCCAGCCUGCUGGCGCCAACGGCGGCAAGGGUGGCAAAGGCAAGGCCCUGCCCCAGCCCCCUGGUCCGAUCCCGCCCUGGCGCCACCCGUCGGCCCCCGCGGACCCUGCAGCUAUGCUCCAGAUGCUCGCUGCGGUCCCAGCGCUGGCAGGUUUGGCCGCCUUGCAGGGGCUGGAGCACAAGUACUCGGCCAGUCUCGUCAAGCAGCGCACGCCCCAGCAGGAGGCCAACUUCGCCGCCCAGAACCUCCAGAAGAAGGAGGCCGCCCUCCGUCGCGCGGCCGAUGCGCAGGUCGCUGCCGAGGCAGCUCUGGCCAAGGCCAAGGACGAGGUCCUGGUGGCCACUGAGGAGGCCCUUCAGGCUCGCGCUGCCAACGACAAGGCGAUCGAGGUUCUCUCCAUGUCGGUUGGCAAGCCGAUGUGUCCGCCUGAAGGGCACGCGGUCGACGGCAAGAAGAUCCUGCUCGCGACCAACGAGGCCGAUUUCACCGGCAACCUCGACGAGUACGAUGAGACCCAGCAGAAGACGCUCUGCGACCUCAAAGCCCAGAUGGAUGCGCACGUGCAGCAGGUCGCCGCGUUGCAGGAGACGCUCGCGGCCACGCUCAAGUCCGUCCAGGAGAUCAAUGCUGCACCAGCCAAGCGGCUCCGCGGGGCUGACGGCACUCCCCACCAAGGCCCAGGCGCCGAGGCGGCCGCCAAGGCUCGGGAGGCAGCAAAGGCCGAGGCUACCCAAGCCAUCGCCAGGGCCAAGGAGCGCGCUGAGGCCAAGCGGUCCAUGAGGGCCCGCGCCGAGCAGUGCGACGUGCUCGGCUUUGCGGAGACCCACAUGAGGGGGGAGAAGCUCGAGAAGAUGAAGAUCGACAUGUCCAAGGAUGGGUGGAAAGCGACCGCCGCCCCCUCUACGCCUACAGGCCGCUCUCAGCCGGGCACCACUGGAGGCGAAGCCAUCCUCUGCAAGAAGACGCUCGCAACCACCUCCUUCGAGGGCUGGAGGAAGGCCGGGCUCGAGCGGUCGGCGAAGGACCCAUUCGAAGGUUUCUGCCCGUCUACGUGGCAUACGAAGUCGGGUACUUUAAUUGUUGUUGCAGCCUGCCUUCAGCCCAAGUUCGGUUUUCGCAGCCCGAACGAGCGUAUGCUGAUCAGAUUGGCAGCGUUCUUGAGGCUUCUGGCAGAUCCAUGGGUUGUCCUGGGCGAUUGGAACAACCAGCCGAGCGAGUGGGACAAGACGAAGUGGCUUCGCAAGCUGGGUGGCUCCCUCGUGCUGCCGAAGAAUGUCGCCACCACCUGCAACCUCGGCCAGGGCGCCCUCAUUGAUUACGCAAUCGCCCGUUCGGAUCUCGCGGCCUCCUUGAAGUUAGAGGCGGUGGUGGAGGUCCCUUGGAAGACGCACGUUGGCCUGGUCCUCCCGAUCUGCGACGGCAAGUGCACUUGGUGGAACCGCGUCAUUCAGGUGCCGCGCGAGCUCCCCACGGUCGCUAGGCCAAAGAAGCAGGCGGACCCGAACAGCAAGCGGCAGAGGGCCCUGACAUCCCACCGCAAACGUAAGGAGGCCCUGGACCAGCAGCUCCAGGAGGCCUACGACGAGAUCCACCGCGUCGAAGAGGAGUCAAUUCAGAGUCGGCCACCGGAGCCGAACACCAAGUGCCAAGUCAGUCCGCCCGUGGAGCUCAGCAGCACCAGGCGGAGCAUCACCCUCAUCCUAACCUUUUGCCAGGAUAUCGUUCGGAACGUCAGAGUUUACCUGGGCCCGCUCAAGGCGCUCAGCAGCACCAGGACCAAGCCAGCCGCCCUGUCCUGCUUCGGCGGCCUCAUCGUCGGCGGCGCCCUCGGCUACGGCACCCGCGACGAGAGGGUGACCGCGAGCCAGGGCAAUGUUGGCACAGGAGUCGACAUCACAGCGCGUGCUCGCGGCGCCUUACCCGUUUUGCCAGAUUCGCCUGCCUUGAUCACCAGUGACGGGCUGAUGUCGCACUACCUCUUGGACAGGGACCCCGUCUCCAAGCUUGCGACCGCGCAGGCAUACCACUCCUGGAUCGAGGCAGUUGAGAACACCACGAUCCAGCACCACGAGCUCCCAGAGGAAGUUGCCAAGAAACACAGAGGCCGAGGGCAGGGAUUCACCAUCGGGUGGAAUCGCACCAGUGCCACGCCCGCUCGUGCUCAUAUGCGCCAUCAGCUGCUAGAAUGGUGGCAUCUGGCCAGUACUUUGCUCGUCCGCUACCAGUCGAUCCGCCGACGCCAGUCCGUCGUGGAGGCAGCCGCUUCGAGCAGCAAGAUGGCCGAACUGGUGCAGGUCGCCUUGGACGACGAGCUCCAGAAGCCGGUUCUCCAGGACGACGACGGCGCCUUCACGUCGUGGAUUGCUGCGGUAUCUGACCUCAGCCAGCUGAGCGAUGAGGACAUCCCAGGCAUCAUCGAGUCCUCCGAGCGCUUCCUCAGCAGAGCCACGGGAAGGGCUUUAUCAGACGGACGACGGGCUUUCAGCAAGUGGGCGCUCACGAUGUGGCGCGAGUCCCCAGGAGUUCUGCAUCGGCAUGUCAAACCGCCCAGCCCUGUUCGCGACGAGCACUGCGACGAGGCUGGGAACACGUAUGCCACCCCCAGCCAAAUCAUGGAUCGUCGAGCCCAGGCUUGGCAAGAAGUAUGGACCGACAGCAACAUCAACCAGCAGGCCAUCUUGGAGGGCCUCAGCUACGUCACGUCCAAG